AGAGAGAGAGAGAGAGAGAGAAAGAGAGAAUGUCGUGGCUUGCUUCAAGAGCGUUCCAUGCGCCGCCGAUCGACAUGAGGGCACUGCGGGCCCGGUGCCCUUUGGCCAUGGGCGUCAGUUGCGCCUCCGCGGUCGGCACGAGCUUGUGGCGAUCGUCGUCGUCUUCGGGGCGACGGACCGCACCGUUUGCUUGCUUGGGCAUUUCGACUGAUGCUCGUUUAAAGGAAGCUGUUCAAACAGACAAAGCUCCAGCUGCUUUAGGACCCUACUCACAGGCUAUCAAAGCCAACAACCUUCUGUUUGUAUCUGGUGUUCUUGGUCUCGUUCCAGAGACUGGACAAUUUAUCUCUGACAGUGUGGAAGACCAGACAGAACAGCUUCUCAAAAACAUGGGGGAAAUACUGAAAGCUGGGGGUGCCAGCUAUUCUUCUGUGGUCAAGACAACGAUUAUGCUGGCUGACUUGCAAGACUUCAAAAAAGUGAAUGAGAUCUAUGCAAAAUAUUUUCCGGCACCUGCCCCAGCUCGCUCAACAUAUCAGGUUGCUGCUCUGCCGCUGAAUGCAAGGAUUGAGAUCGAGUGUAUUGCAGCACUUUAAUGGGCUUCUGCACAAUUGCAUACAAACUUCUUGAAUGAAUCCCGUUUAUGAGAUUUAAGGGAAGUUUAACUGCAUGAAUAUUUUGUAAUUGUCACAACAAUCUAUAUCGGUGAUGCGGCACUGCGUUGGACUGUGGACUUAGAUUCUCUGACAUGCGGUGUUGACCUAGCGACAUGAGAUUAAUCGCA